AUGAAUUUCGACAUCGUAUCAACAGCAGUCAGGCCGCUUUCCGGCUGUGUCAAAAGCCUCUUCACCGACUCACGCUGGUCCGACCUCGAGAUCCGAUGUGGCGACCGAAGCUGGGCUGUCCACAAAAUCGUCGUCUGCUCGCAGUGCGAGUUUUUCGCCACAGCAUGCGACCGCAAUAGCAAAGAAGCUACAAAAGACGUCAUCACCCUCCAGGGUGACUUGCCAGAUGCUGUCCAUGCCCUCAUCCACUUUCUGUACACCGGCGAUUACGACGGCUGUGAUUGGCUGGAAGAAGACGACUGGAUGCCUCUUGUAUUCAACGUUCACGUUUACUCUACUGCAAAGAAGGGUGGCCUCGAUAGGCUUGCUGGUGUCGCCGCUAGGAUAUUCAAGGACCGCGCCGGGAAUGAGUUGUACGAGGCCGCGUUCACUGAUGCCAUUGAAGAGCUACACCGACAUCCAGAGGCGGACAAUCUCCUGGAGCUCAGGAAAUACAGCGUGAUGAUCGCAGCCCUGAAUGGCGCCUCGCUGUACGAGGAGACUUCUGGUGGUGGCAGGUUCUGGGAAGUCGCCAGGGCUGUGCCACAAUUUGCUGCGGAUGUGCUUAAAAGCGUGCUUGAAGAGGCUCUUCGAGAAAAGAAGGACGAGGCAAGAAAGAAGGAAGAGCGAUGUGAGAGGUGCAAGGUUUGCCUCCACUGUUGUGAGUGCGAGGAAGAGUACGACGAAAUGGUAUAA